CCUCUCCUGCUGGGCUGAUGUGGGAGAAACAAUAUUUAGGGAAGUUGAUUUUUAAUUUGUUUUCUGUUGUGUUUGGGUUUAUUUAUUUAUUACCUUUAUUUUUCUGAAGCGGGGAAGGCAGAGGCUGGGAAUGGUGCGGGAAGAGGGAAAGCGAAUCAGCAAGAACACACUCUCGUUUUCUAGGCCUUUUUUUUUCAAGUUUGCAAUCUGAUGGGCAAAAAUCACAGUAUAACUCAACUAAUCGCUUACUCUGAAGACUGGAGAGUGUCCCAUCUCUUCAGAUACCAAGAUUGCCUGCUGCAUAGUUUACAUUGCCUGCUGCGGAGACAAAUACUUCAAUUAAAAUGGAAGGGAGAAAAAGAAAAAAAGAGAAAACAGACAGAAAAAGAAAAAGCCUCUACAAAAAAAAGAAUCCUACUCUCAGUGACGUGGGUGGUGAAACACAACGCUUGGCAUUUCAGGACGUUUCUCGCUCCAGGUCCCAGAGUGAUACCCAUGCUGCUUUCUCCUGCACGUUUGGCCUCCUGAAGAUGCCCAGGAGAGGAGCUUUUCCUCCGUGGACACUCGUGGUGCUGCUGGUGCUUGUCCCACCACAGCUGGCAAACUGCCUCCCCAACCCCUGCUUGGAGGUCGUUCCGGACAGAGCUUUCACGUGCAUGGGACUGAAUGUCUCUGGAGUUCCUGCUGAUGUCCCAAAUACCACCCAGAACUUGGAUCUUAGUUUCAGCAAUCUGAAAUCACUGGGAUCAAAUUAUUUUUCAUCAGUUCCUGAACUGCAUCAUCUGGAUCUUACAAGGUGCCAGCUCCAUACAAUAGAAGAUAACUCUUUUAAGGAUCUUCAUAAGCUUUCCACCUUAAUUUUAACUGCCAAUUCCCUCCAGUACCUGGGGACUGCAGCUUUUGAUGGCUUAACAUUGCUGAAAAAACUAGUAUUGGUGGAAACCAACAUAACAUCUCUAGCUGACCUACCCAUUGGACACUUGCAUACCCUGCAGGAACUGAAUUUGGGCCACAACAACAUUGCCUCAUUGAAGCUUCCCGAGUAUUUCACCAAUCUGACCUCUCUCAGGUACCUGAGCUUUUUCUCCAAUAAGAUCACACAUAUCUCCAAAGGAGACCUUGAUGUCCUGAGGGAAGGGAACAGGCUCAACCUCACGCUGGUGCUUUCCUUGAAUGAUAUAAAGUACAUAGAGCCAGGGUCCUUUGCAAAGAUUUACCUUGGUGAGCUGGUUCUAAGGUCCUCUUUUGAGAACUUCAGUGUGAUGCACAGUUCUCUUCAAGGUCUGACUGGUUUACAGGUCAAUAGACUAAUAGUUGGAGAAUUCAACAACAACCAGAGACUGGUAGACUUUCAGAGAGGACUCUUGAGUGGACUGUGUCAGGUACGAAUGCAAGAGUUUGUCUUAAUCUGUUUCAGGGAUUUUGAGGAUGACACAGACACUCUUUUUAACUGCAUAGGCAACGUCUCCAGUAUUCGGUUGGUGGACCUCCAACUUGAAGAGGUGUCAGAGGUUCCAAUGUUCUCUCAAGUGAAACAGCUGGAAUGCAAGAAAUGCAAGUUUAAGGAAGUGCCUGCUGUGAAACUGUCUCUUUUCAAGGAGCUGAGAGUUCUUCGUAUUACCAAGAGCAAAUACCUCAAUAGCUUCCGGGAGAAAUUUCACACUCUAAGUAACCUGGAGGUUGUAGAUCUGAGUGAGAAUCGCCUCUCCUUCACUGGUUGCUGUUCCCGGCAGUUUCCUAAGUGUCCAAAUUUGAAACACUUGAACCUCAGCUUCAAUUCUGACAUCAGUGUGACUGGUGAUUUUGCUACUGUGAAGAAUUUGCUAUAUUUGGACUUUCAGCACACAAAGUUAUUUGGUCCUGGUUCCUACCCUGUCUUUCUGUCCCUUCAGAAACUCAUUUAUCUCGAUAUUUCCUAUACCAGAACUCAUGUCAAAGCCCAGUGUACGUUUUGUGGCUUGAACUCUUUGCAAGUGCUCAAGAUGGCUGGCAACUCCUUUGAGACUAAUAAACUGGUGGAUAGCUUCAAAAACCUCAGUCACCUGCACACCUUGGAUAUUUCAAAUUGCAAAUUAGUACAGGUGGAUCAAAGUACAUUUGGUGCCCUCACUGAACUAAAGGAGCUAAACAUCAGCAACAAUAAGCUACUGAUCUUUGAUCCUGGAGUCUACAAGCCGCUCCGAGCCCUCACAGCCCUGGAUUUCAGCAACAACCAGCUGAGCGUCCUGUUGGACUCGGCCCUGGAAAUCCUGCCUGAUAGUCUGGUCCUGUUAGACAUCUCUCAAAACCUGUUUGAUUGCUCUUGUAUACACGUGAACUUUCUGAAAUGGGUCAAGGAACAGCAGCAGCUACUGCAGCAUGAGGAGUUGAUGAUAUGCCAUAUGCCCACGUACGUGAAGAAUGUGAGCCUGCUGAACUUUGAUCUGUCCUCCUGCCAACUCAAUACAAGCAUGGUGGCAUCCUCGGUGAUCGUGUUGCUCGCUGCAGUGGUGUUCCUCUUCCUGAUUUACAAGUACUACUUCCAGCUAUACUACUCACUGGUGCUGCUCAGUGGGUGUAAACAUUCUGCAGAAAGGGGUGACACCUAUGAUGCAUUUGUCAUCCACUCCAGCAAAGACCAAGAAUGGGUGAUGAAGGAGCUGGUGGAACCUUUAGAAGGAGGAACACCUCCCUUCCAUCUCUGUCUUUACUACAGGGAUUUCAUACCUGGGGUACCCAUUGUCACCAAUAUCAUCCAAGAAGGUUUUCUGAGUAGCAGAAAUGUCAUUGCAGUCAUCUCUACAGACUUUCUGGAGAGCAAGUGGUGUAGCUUUGAGUUUGACAUUGCCCAGUCCUGGCAGCUUGUCGAAGGAAAGGCUGGAAUCAUCAUGAUUGUACUGGAAGAAGUGAACAAAGCCUUGCUAAGGCAGAGGCUGGGGCUGUCCCGGUACCUAAGGAGGAACACCUAUCUGGAGUGGAAAAACAAGGAGAUCAGCAGGCACAUCUUCUGGAGGCAGCUGACAGGAGUCCUGCUAGAAGGGAAAAGGUGGAAUCACGAGGAGGUAAAGCUCAUGUGAGAGAAAGAGAAAUCACAUCACUUCUGUCCUGUCUCCCAUCCUGGCCAUGGCUGAGGGCUGCUGCUCAGAAGCUGGUUCUUCUGUGGCUGUUCAGAGUUGGAGGAGGUGGAUGAAGACACGGUAAAAUCACUACAGAAAUACGUGCCUUGCUGGUCACGCUUUCUCGAGGGAACGUGCAAGAUAAUGAGUGACAACAGCUGGAAGACCUGCACAUACCUGAGCUCCGUGUUUGUCUGCAGAUGUCCGUCACACUGGUCCAGCUACCCACACAGGUCUGGUGGGCUGGUGAAUAGAUGGACUCUUAUUGUCAUUUGUCUGCCCUGAAACUGGAUCUGGGUCUGGGCACCAUUUACUUGGUGGAACUUCAGGGUCUGUUGCUUUGAGUGAAGCCCAGGAUCUCUGGGGAAGAGCGAAAAUACAGGAUUCUUCAUUCUAAAAAGGAUGGGAAGCAGAAAUAGGGUUUGGAUCCUGAAAGGCUUGGGUCAGCCCCCUUAGGCACCGUGACUUAGGGGAAAAAGCCCUACAGAGGGAAAAGGAGUGUCCUGUAGCCACAGACAGCUACUUGGUGAUGCUGAGCAGUUAUGUUGUCAGUGGGGGAGGUUGCUAUUGAUGUGAAAUUUCCCCAGCAUAUUUAUUUUAAUUUUCUUUAGACCAAAUAUUGAAACCUCCAAAUAUUUCCAUCACCUGAAACUGUUAUUAUUUGUAUCCAGAUUAUGUAGCAUGAGAGAGUUGUUUGAGUUUCUUGGGGGAUCCAGGGAUCAGUGAGACCAGAAAAAAACAUAGAAAAUAUUAACGCCUUUAAAAUCAAGGUAUUUCUUUGCUCUACCUGCUUCUCCUCAUACAGUGUUUCUGUAUAUACUGUGUGGGACUACCCUGUGUGAGCAAGAUAGAGCCUGAACAAAGUGCUUUGAUGUUUACAGCCACCCAGUUCUAGAAUAAGCUUUUCCAAUCUCUGGAAAAGCCUUAAUUCACUGUUGGAAAGUGUUGUAGGACCCUCCAGCCCAUGGGUUGAAAUGGACUUUAGAGAUGUUUGGAGCUAGCAAUGAGGCUGAGUCCAUCUGCCUUCCCCCCAUCACACCAUGGUGGGCUCUGGUCCCAGUUGGCAUCCCACUGCGAGUCACUGGGUGUGAAAGUUUUGCCUUGUUUCACUGAGACCAUGCCUGCAUUUUGCAGGGAGAAGAGACAGGGGAGAAAAGUCUGGGUUAACUAAACUGAGUGUAUCCCAGCACUGCCCUGGAUAAAGGGAAGGAAAACAUAAAUGCUAUUGAAUCAUAUUACGGAGCGCUUCAUUGAUGUGUUGAAUAUUGAACACUGCUGGAGUAUUGCUCUCUGUUUACAGAAGGCUUUGGUUGGGAUUAAUCACUGAAUUAGUUGAGUUUUAAACUUGCAAAUCCUUCUAUAAUCAGUGGUGUUCUACAGAGGUAAAACAGAGGCAAUUGGGUGGUGAAUCAGGUCUGAUAUUUAUUCAGAAUAAAGGGCCUGAUCCAUCUCGCUUUUCUAAGCACCAGUCAGCGACAUCUCCGAGGAAGCCGGUGGUAAGUGAGACCGACAUCAGACACUAUUUAAAAAAGAGGGAGAGCUUGUUCCAGGGCUUAUGCUGGCCAAAGCUGAAUCACAGCUCCCUCUCUCUGUGCUGUCAGCAGUACAUUGGUAUAACACUACCAAAAACCACCACCAAAAAAAAAAUGAGUUUUUUUGUGACCUGCGAGAUGAAGCUUUAAUAAAACCAAGCUCGAUGCUGCGCUCACUUGCCCAGAGAGUUUGUUUUGCAUCUGCUAAGUGCCAUUGCAGUGAUUUCUGAAGUGCCGAGCUCCUCAGCUCCACUGUGAGCAAUGGGUCCUGAGUUCUGCAUCUUCCCAGGGCAGAGGCUGCUGGAGCUGGGGAGGGGGUGCAGCAAACCAGGGCACAGCUUGGGGUUCCCUGCACUGAGGCUGAAGAAGGGCACAGAGGACAAAGCAAUUAUUAUCCUGGAUUUCAGCAGCUACAGGUUAAACUGGAAAACAAAAA